AUGACGUUCAUACCACGAAAUAGUCAAAUCCACUUUUAUAAAGAUGGAGAUAUUGAAUUAUUAGUAGAAAAAAUAAUAUUUCGAGUUCACAAAAAUAUUUUAACUCUUUCUUCACAAUUCUUUAGUGGAAUGUACCAAUCAGCCACUCCUUCUAUUGAAGAUCUAACUGCUAUCUCCAAUACUGGUAUUUCGAUCCCUCGAGUUGAAUUACGAGGUGACGCUGCACCUGAUGUUGAAAAAUUAUUAUCAUUCCUUUAUCCAAAUACUUAUUUCGAAAUUAGUUGGAAAGAUGUAGCAAAUUUAUUAAGAUUGGCUGAUAAAUAUAUUGUGGAAACUUUAACUACUGCUUGUAUAGCUUUUUUAAAACGUUCAUAUCAAGAAGAACCAUUACAAGCUUUAAAAUUAGCUGAAGCUUAUCAAAUUUCUUCUGUAUAUAAAGAAUCUUCAAAAUUGGUAUUGAAUGAUUUCGAAAAAUUCUUUUAUGCACCUCAAAAUUUGGAAGGUCUAUCUAUAUCAACUCAAAAAAAAUUAAAAGUUCAAAGACAACAAUACGUUGAAGGUUUGAACAAAUUGUAUUGUGUAACGGUCGACAGAAGGUUUCCACCUUUAACUGCUGAACACCUUAGAACGAAAUUUGAAGAAUGUGUUAAAGAUAUUUGUACUUUCCCAUUUCAAUCUCCUUCAUACUCUUGGAUGAAAUUACAUCAAGUGGAUUGUUCAAAGCAUUUUGAGUGCAGAGAAGAAUUAAGACGAUUGAAACCAUUUAUCCAUGAAAAGAUUGUUUCAUUUUUCGGCGCUGAGUAUGAACCUUUAGCAUGGAUGAUUAAGGCACCAAAUUUCGAUGCUGCUACCGAAUUAUCUUAUCCAUUUAUUGAAUUAAGAGAUGACUAG